CUCGCUGCGAGCGGCGCGGCAGCGCUUGGCCCCGCCAGGCCGCCGUCGGGGGCGGGCCCAGGCCGCAGCCAUGGCGGCGCCCGUCGUGCCGGAGAGCGACAGCAUCCGCAGGGCCGUGUCGCUGCUGAACGCCGUGGACCCGGGCCGGUUUCCGCGGCUCGUCUCCCGCCUUCUCCAGAAGCUGCACCUGAAGGCUGAAAGUACCUUCAGUGAAGAGGAGGAAGAAAAACUUCAAAUAGCUUUUUCAUUGGAAAAACAGGAUCUUCAUCUGGUUCUUGAAACAAUAUCAUUCAUUUUGGAACAGGCAGUCUAUCACAAUUUGAAGCCUGCUUCAUUGCAACAGCAGCUACAGAGCAUUCACCUGGAUCAAGACAAAGCCGAAGCAUUUGCUAGUGCAUGGGCAGCUGCAGGUCAAGAUACGAUUGAAAAGUUCAGGCAGAGGGUUUUGACCCCUCAGAAGCUGGAAACAAUUGGAUGGCAACUUAAUCUUCAAAUGGCAGAGUCCAUGCAAGCAAAGCUGAAGUCUCCUCAAGCUGUGCUAGAGCUGGGAGUGAGCAAUGAGGAUUCAAAGGGAAGACACAAAAUGCUGUUACAGAGAAGCUUUUAUGGUCUGGCUCAUUAGGGGGCAGUAGUGCUCUUUGUCGCCCUGGUUCUUCGCUUAUCUUUGAGAUAAUACUCAGAAUCAAUUCUGAAGUCAGUCAUUGUGGGAAGUGUUUAAGUGUUUUCAUUUCUAAUCUGUAUAUGACAAUAGAAGUUUCACUUGUGUAUAUAAAAAAAUAAAGCCUAUUAUGAAGAAAUACUGAGGAAGGUAAAUGAAAUUGGAUAUUAUUUUCACGUUUGCUAACUAAAAUUAAUUAUACAAUACAUUAGUGUUUACUACAAAUCACACUAUUUAAAUAACGUUUAAACAGUUCUUAUUCACAAGAUGACAUUUAAAAUUAGUAUUUAAAUUAUCUCUUCAGGAGAGGCAAUCAUAAAACCUGUGGCUAUAUGGAUGUUACUUAUGUGUUGAGAAAUAAAAAGAAAUCUGCUCUAUGCUGUAUAAAUAUUUAUCAACUACAUUUUGUCAGCUUCAGGUGAAAUGCAGAGUCCCAGAGGAAUAAAUCCAUCGAAAUGCAAAAGUAAGGUGUUCUUUAGUUCUUUCAGGUGGCUCAAGCUGUUAGUGACAUUUGCAUUUCCCAGGAAAUACACUGCUUGUGACUAGCAAGAAUCUGUGAUCAGAGCCCAUCAUUACUGUAAAACUGGUUUUUACUGGGUUUUGUUACAGAUUUGCUGUUUGCUUAUAUUGAUGUGCAUUAUGCUUAUGUUAGCCCCAGUGUGAACAGGGAGGUGGAUCAGGUGGGCUGCCAGACUCGGCCUUCCAGCCAAAGUUAUCCUGUGAUUUAGGCUGCUUUAGUUGCUGCUGGUGUUUUGUAUGAAAAAGAGAAAAAAGGAACUUUCAAUUAAAAAUCCAUUUAACAGUGUUUUAUUAUAAUGAUUAACUUUUUCAAAUGUUUAAUUGAAUGUCAGAAUCUGAGGGGAGUGAAAUUACUGUGAACUAGAUGCACACAACAAACUGAUAAAAUAUGAAACAUAUUUUUGAUUUGCAAAAUGCCUUAGCUUCCCUUAUGACAUUUUUGAUUAGUUUAGGUGACAUUUGAGAACUGAUGUGUAACAUAUCAACUCUGUAUAAGUGGUUUUUUAAAUAGCAAAUUUGAUUUCAGAUUUUUGGGCUGUUGAUUGCGACAUAACAAUCUGGAGAUUCUGUACAGAGUAUAAUUUUUUUUUUAUGUCUAUAGGUUUAAUUGGCCAGUAGAAGGAGCACCAAUUAACAGUCCUGACAAUAUAUGUUUCUAAUUUAGAUUUUUGUUUUGCAGACAAAGUCUGGUCCCUGAAAGUGCAAUGCUUAUUAAAUAUUUCUUUCCUCCAGUAAUCUAUUUGAUAACUGUACACAUAGAUACACACUCUCACAUUCCUUCCCACUGUUAAUAGCAGUAAUUCCUUAGGCUAUCUAAUCCAGACGUUUUAAAAGAACUGUGAUAAUUUUCUGUAAGCAUAGGAGGAGCCAUAUAAUAAAUAAAUAAUUAAUGUCAAAGUGUGUAGAAAGAUUGAAGGGCUUCAGAAAUGUCAUUUUCGCAGAGGCAUGUGAGAAGUAGGAGUGUGUUCUUAAAGACUUGUUGCUAUUACUCAUCAUUAAGAAGAUCCAGUAAGGCACAUUACUAUAUAAGGUAUUUGUUACUGUAUAUUUUCACACAUGAUCUGUAGUUACCAUUUAUGCUUGCAAAUCGUUAGGAUAAAUAAAUUAUUCUUGCCCAG